AUGGGUCCAGCUGAAGUUAUAAUAAAUGAUCCUCAAGCAGCAGCAUUGGAAAGAAUACAGGAGAAUGCUAGGGCCAAUAAUCUCACCGUUGAGUCAAUCUCAGAAGACGUCAGCAUUCUGUUACUCCAGAGGCCGUUUGAUUUUGUUUUUAUGGAUUGUUACGGCUCUUCCGUCCAUUACCUUGAUGCAGCUUUCCGCAAUGUCCCUAAGGGUGGUUUGUUAGCCAUUACAUCAACAGAUGAUGCUGCAUUGUACGGGAAAGCUGCUGAUGUUACCCUGAGAAACUACGGUGGACACGUUGUCAAAACCUCUUAUGCUAAAGAGUUGGCUGCAAGGCUUGUGUUAGCAAGUGUUGUCAGGGCAGCAGCCAAAUGCAACAAAGGGAUCGAAGUGCUUUGCUGCUUAGCACUGAAAAGUUUCAUCACAGUUUUUGUAAGGGUUCUCAGAGGACCAUCAGCUGCAAACAAAUGUGUCCGAAAGAUCAGAAGAUUAAUCCAUUGCUGCUUGUGUGAAGACAGAGCUUUCUAUCCUGAAACUGUAUACUUAGUUGAACAGCCCUAUUCAUUGUUGUCAUGCGACUGUCGAAGUAAAAGCACAGGAAAAUUGGCUGUGGAGCUGGGUCCUGUGUGGUGUGAUGAGCUGUUUGACUCCUUAUUUUGUCAAGCCAUGCUUAAACAUGCCAACAAAUUUCAGCUUCCCCAUAAGGUCAUUACUUUAUUGCAGACCAUUAUUAGUGAAGCCAGAUGUGAAGCUCAUCCAAGUAUCAAGAUGCAGAGCAGUGGUGACAAAGAGAACACUUUGUCAGAGAAGGUAGACGAAAGUAUAAUGAGCCAAGAGGAGGAGGAAGAGGAAGAGGAGGGGCACCACUCGUACCACACGAUGGAGGAGGAUAAUGAAGGGGAGAGAUUGCCGAAGAAGUUGAAGUUCGAUCAUCCGAGUCUGAGAUCACCACCCUUCUAUUUUAAUCUCCAUCGCCAUUGCCCAAAAGGUCAUGACUUGGGAAAAAUCAAUAAGGUUGUCGAGUAUCUUCAACGUGCUAAUCACAAGGCCAGCAGAACGCACUUUGACCCUGAAGCUGUGAGAACAAGCUGUAGUCUUCGAGAAUUUAACAGCCUUUUGUUAGAAUUUGCAAAAUCACAAAAUUAGAAAGGCAAACCAGCAUUUUGGUAAGAGCUAUAAGAUCUACAGUACUACAUAACAGCAUUGUAAAAUAGACAUCAUCCUCAUUAUUUGUUGAAACUUUCAUUUUACUCUUAAUCAGUAUUUAGGAUGUCUUUAUCAGUGUAUGUUGUUGGAUUAAGGAACUGAUAUUCAUUUUCUGUAGAUAUAGGCAUAGGUAGAGCCAAGUAUUAGGGAGGAAUAAUUUUAUUAAAUUUUUUUUCAUCAUUCUGAUAUGUUAAAGAGGAUUUCAUACCAGGUUUCAUAUUUAUUUGAUGUUUAUGUGUGACUUGUGUUUAAUAGCAGAGCAUUGCCCAAUUAAGUUACAAAGUUCAAAUAAUCUAUAGGCCAGAUAGGAAAUUUAAUGCUACAUUUUCAAUUAUUAGGUGGUUAGUUCCUUUAGAGCUAUAUUUCCUUUUACCAUGCUCCAUAUGUGAUUUGAAUCAGUGACCUGUGAUGCAUUUGGAUAGUGCUUACCUUCACAUUGCUAGGAGGUCUGUUAACAGAAAUGUUGACCAUAUUAUGCCUAGGUCAUACAUACUUUAUAUGUCUUUACAAUAUAAAAACAACCUCAUUUUGCUUCUGCUUUACUGACCAGAACAGAUCGAUGGAACAGAUCGAUGUCUCUGCAACGAGUUCAUCUGCCAACACAUUGAAUUUGCCUUGAAUAAACCUUGUUAAGAUCGACGUAUGAUUUGGAUGCGCUCAUAAGAGCAGGGCUCUUGCUGCCUCACACAGAGUGAAUGGAUGGGUACCCCCUGUUUUCUUUUAAAGGAUAGAGCUGUUGUGUUGUCCAAGUGGACUAUUAUUACUUUGUUGCUGAUCUCUGUACAGAAAGCUUUUAAUCUCCAGUGGAUGGCUAAUAAUUCCUUCACAUUUAUGUGCCAGCUCUUUUGUUCUACAGUCCAAACUCCUGAAACUCCCCAAUCAAGGUCCAAGGCACCUGAAUAAAACACUAGGUCUGGGCUUGGAGGAAAGAGAGGUUUCCAUUCUAAAAGUAUUGCUCUUGAAUUCCACCAUACAAGGUACUCCUUUAUCUCUGCUGUUACUGGGGACACAAACGAAUCUGGGUGCUUCUGAUUCCAGUUGAUUCUGAGGAAAAAUUGUGGGUUUCUCAUGUGCAACUGACCCAGAGUUACGAAAUGUUGAUGGAUGAGAGCCCCCAGAAUGCUCAUCCAGGCCUUCAACGAACAAGACUGAAAGGAGAGAAACUUCUAUAUUUUCUGAAGGCAGGCAUUGAUUCUUUUUUGGGGGAGGGAAAAGCCUGAAAAGCUAGAGAGUUGAUCCUCAUCCCCAAAUAUACAAUCUCUUGAGAAGGGACUAAAUAAGAUUUCCCUAAAUUUAUGAGAAGAUCCAGUUCUUGGGCUGAUGCCAGGGUUUUCUGCAGGUCCUCCAUACAUUUCAACUUUGUCUGAGAGCAAACAAGCUAGUGGUCGAGGUAGAGAGAGAUCUUCACACCUAGGUGUAACCUCUUUGCCACAGGGGCUAGGAUAAGGGUAAACACUUGGAGAGCUGUUUAGAGGCUGAAGCACAGAGCUCUGAACUGGUAAAUUCUUUUCAGGAAAACGAAUCGUAGGAACUUUCUCGAUUCUGGGUGAAUAGGGAUAUGGAAGUAGUACGCGUCCUCCAUGUUGAUUGAGAUCAUCCAGUCUCCUUGAAGAAUUGAGGACAAUAUUGCCUGAUUCAUUUCUAUUUUGAACUUGGUCUUCGACAUGAACAAGUUCAAGGAGCUCCCAUCUAGAACUGGUCUCCGGCCUUUUGAGACCUUGGGGACAACCUUUUGAGUCAGGAUCCUCUGCUACUUCUACAGCCCUCUUUGCUAACAGUGAUGCCACUUCUUGGACAAGAGCUAAGAAUUUCUCUGAUUUGGCAGAGUAAGCUGUCAGAAUUAGUGGAGAGCUGGCUAAGGGAGGUUUUCACAUGAAAGGAAUAGUGUACCCUUCUUUGAGAACCUUCAAAACCCAUGGUUCUGCCCCUCCCACUUCCCAACUCUGCCAAAACUGAAGGAGCCUUGCUCCUACUGGGGAAACUUCUUGGCUUACCUCUGCCAUGAAAGGGCUGAUACUGAUUGGAAGAUGAAGAAGAAGCAUGAAUAUGACUGGCUGUCAUCUCCCUAGGGCACUUUGCAGACUACCCCAAAAGAUCUUGAGUAGAUUUUUUCUGAAGAUCUAAAGAAAUUUGCAGAACUGUGGUUUGAGGAAACAGGUACUUGAUCAAGUGGCGAGAGCAAAAGAACUGAUCUCUGAGAGUGGGUCACUCCUUUAGUAGUAAAGGAGCACUAAAGCUCCUUCUUCUCGAGGAUGCCUAAGGCAAAUAGGGAUCCUAAUUCAAGACACCCAUCUGUAAUACCUGUAAUGCCCUUAUCAAGGCAGGAUAUAACACCAAGCAAGUGCAAUACCGAGUCCUUCGAGAUGGCAGCACACUCCUUAAUCUCGCGGGCUAAUGCUCCUACACACCAGUCCAUAGAACUCAUAACUACCAAAACAAAAUUUUUUCAGAAGGUGGUCCAGUUCUAAGGUCGAGAACAUAAUUUUGGCUGAGUUGAAGGCUGAUCUCCUGGAGGGGUCAGUAAGAACCAAAGAAGUCUCCCUGGGAGGAGGCAGUAACUCCCAGGGCAAGAGCUUUCCCUGUCUCGUGUGAACAAUGCCUCCUAGUACACAGCUUAGGAGGAGGGAAACAAAAGUGGACUUUCCCUUGCUCUCUCUCCUCCGAGAGCCUUGGUAAAAACCAGCUUCGGAAGCUUAGAGGCACCCUCUACCUGGUUAUCCAUCUGGUAAAUAGAAGCCAGGGAAGCCAGAGCUGCUGUUGAAAAGAAACCAGGGAAAUUUGCUAGCAAAUAUUUAAGCAAAGAUGAAUAUACUGUAGGAGUAUCCUUAUCUACUUCCGCUUCUACUUCUUCUCCCAAAGAGACAGGAGACAGGUUGAAAGGGAUUUCAGCAGGCGCUAGAGGUUUCUGAAAUAGACCCAAAAUACGAUCCAGUUUCCAUUGGAUAUCCACUGUUGAAGGAUCUACAGAAGUAGUUUUCAUUCCUGAAGGUUGGAAGGCAUUGCAAGUCCUGGUAACUGAGGAGCAAAUGAAAAACUCACUGAAGGAGGCUGAUGCACCAAAGGGAACUGAGGCACUGAUGGGAGCUAUGGCACCAAUGGGCACUCAGGUGCUAAUGGAGACUCGUGCACCAUAGGGAGCUCUUGUGGAGCCAAUGGGUGCUCUGUCAACGACGGGCGCUUGUGAGAUGGCUGAAUUGUAGAGGGAAUAUGUACCGAUGGGCACUUUGAAGCCUCCGGGAGACUAGAAGGCAACAAAAGCAGAGGAGCCAAUGGCUCUCAGGUGCAUGGUGCUUCUUAGGCCUAGAAGAACUUUCAGUGAGCACUGGAUACACUGACGCUGAUACAGGGUCCCCUUCUAAAGCGGAUACACACACAUUACUCUGAGCCUCUAUGGACUUGCAGACUGAAUGCAUGAGUGACGAGUGAGGAGCAGGAGGGGUACCUGGCACCAACGGAUGCUCAGAUACACACUAUGCUCGGUGUAGGAACACCCACUUGGGAAAAACACUUGGGACUGACCCAGAAAGUACACAAUGGGCAUAGCUCAGUAUGCCCAAUCACCAGCCUUCUUGGAAGGCAUAGGAGAAAGCGAAUCCUUCCUCAUUCAUCUUUUCAAUGGAAGAGAUUCAUCCGCAAGGUGCCAUUGGUGCCUGAUGGCGAUUCCUCUGAGCUAGACACACUUGAGGAAAAACAGGAUACUUGCUUAGAGAUGCCUUUUCAGUGGCGCUCUGUCGAUACCUGGGAUACUACGACAGGAUCGACUGAGGGGGCAACUAACCGUGGGCAGACCCCACCGACUUCCCUUGGGCUACCGAUAUGAUUCCUCCCAGGUUUAGGGGAGUAUGACAGGGACCUUUGCCUAGGAGAAUCAGUGGGAUAAGCAGCCACCACCUCCACUGCAUAACACUUUCAUAAAUUUUACCUACCAUGUCCAUGAGAGCUUUGACAUUAGCUCUCAAUUGUUCCAUGGCCUGUAACAUUAUAGAAAUUUUCUGGUCUACCUGCAGUUCAAGGCUGGCAACAGAAUUGAGUAUGGCUGCAAGGGAGCCAGGGUCAGGAUCGGGUUGUAAAGCUUGAUACAAGGGAACGAGUGUGACAGAAGGAGAAUGAGAAAUAGAUAUCGUCAGCCUGACUAGCUAACAACUGCCUACUGCUAGCUCUAACACCCGCGUUUCUCUUUUUAUCUGAAGCUUUUUUAUGUGAUCUUUUAAAGUCCUCCACACCUUAUCCCCCCAAUUUUCACAUUUGUUAUUAGUUAAUUGCAGUGAACAAUUCUGACCCUUACAAUUAAAGCAAACUGAAUGUGGGUCGUAACAAGCUUUGAUUAGCUUAGAAUUGCAGCUUUUGUUGCAAUACCUUAUGCUUUGUGUACUAGAAUCGGACAUGCCGGCUUUAACAUAAACAAAGCCUAGUCUAGGUUCAAACAAAAGCAAGACAAAAUCGAAAUACUGAAUUCCUGUAUAUCUAAUCAAUGCCAAAGCGGCUAAUAAACGUGAGAGUACUUCACCAAAUGCCAGAGACAUUGAUUGAGAAGAUUCUACCAGAUUCAGAUUCUGCAGCUGCUAUAAAACCAAUGUCAAGGUUAUCAGCGGCAGAAAAAAAACGGACUUGUUUACAGGGUUGGUUCCACGCUUUGCUGGUGGUGGUGGGGUAGUCGUCUAACCAAAACAAAAUAGCGCUACUGUGAAUUUCAAAUUCUAGCUGCCACGGAUAGUGAAACUAUAGCUAUGCAAUCCCUUGGUAAGUUGCAUACAUAAAAGUUAUUUAUAGUAUUUGUAUUUAUAGCAUACGCUGAUACGUAUAGUAUAUGCUGAUAUUAUGCCUCUUUCACAUUUCAGCUUUCCAGUACACUUGGCUAGGGAUAGGGAGUGCAUAUAUUUUAUAUGUACCAGCACAUUCAGGGAUCCUUAAUUGUUUUUUUAUUUGUACAGUUAGGAGGAGAAAGAGAUUAAUUCUUAGCACUGUAUAAUCUCAAAAACUCGAGAGGAAAUUGAACUCCUUUUGGACUGGAUCUUGUGCCAAUUUUCCUGCCCUUCUUGUGUCCCAUAGGACCAAUAAUUAUCUGCAGUUGCCUAUCCUAUUUCCUUACUGAAGUCAUUUUGAAGGAUGCUUGGACCAUGGUGGUAGAGCUAACAAAAAUCCUUUAUUUUCUAAAUCAACCAUCUCCUAUAGUAUUCAGAGGGAUAGAGAGGUGGCUUAAAGUUGUUGGUCCCAGUGAUUGUGGGCAGGUGGUAUAGCCUUCAGGUGAUGAACACAGGAGAUACUGUUCCAUGACAUGUGUAAACAGAUGUAAUGUAAUUUGGUUAGUGUUAACAGAAGUAAUGCACUUGGUUAUCCUAGUCAUGGUCAUAAAAAAUGGGUGACCAGUAUGAACUAGAGAGCCAUAUGUAGGAGAGGAGUAUCAUUUGAUAACAUAGUUGAUAGGACAGUGAUGCAUGAGCAUACCAAGCAGGAAAUAAGAAUCCUGGUAAUUAUUCAUAAGUUUGAAACAGUCUGCAGCCAAGAGAAAUUUUGGAGGAAGGUUAGCUUACUGGGUUUCCCAGAAUGUGUUGAUUUGGGAAUCAGAGAUACCGACAGUAACCAUAUUUAUCUACAGUAUGCUGAAACUUAAUGGGGCUAUUUUGUCUUCUAAGAUAAUUAAUUCUCACAAUUGUACUCACAGGAAAUUUACAUACUGCCAAUUGUGGUUGGAUAGCCUUUACUUAUUUCUUGGUCAGACAUAACGACAAAAGAAUUUCAGUCCAACUCUUCAAGAAAUCAUUUUGCUAGUUCCUUAGUCAACAAGAGGGUGGCAGUAGUGGUCAACCAGACAUUUCAGGAUGAAGGAUGUAUGACAGAAAAGUUCAGUCACUAGGGUCGGUGUUUGCAACAAUUGGUCUUUGACACCUUGACGUUUCGAAGAAUUGUUCCAUCCAGGAAAAUGGUCGGGUUAGUCCUUCAAUCUCAACACAAUGAAACUGUUAUUGUUUGGCCGUCUUUACAGACUGCAGGUAUAACAGCCAUCAACCAUACCACAUUGAAAAUAUCUCUUCUCGUGCAGUCAGCAAAGUUUAGCAAAGAUUGGGUAUGGUCAGUACUUGGAUUUAUGACUUCCAGUUGCUGUUGAUGUCUUUUGCAUCCAUGGUUAGAAUGUUGGGGCUUGUCAGCACUUAAUAUGUGACCCAGGAACCUCAAAUGCUGUUGGCAUCUAGAUGUCUUUUGCAUCCAUAAUUCAAGUCGUGGGCUUACGACUUCCCGUCGCUCUGCCUGCUUUUAAGGAUCCUAUAGGCUAUCAAGUGCCUGAAGGCCUUUUGCAUUACCACUUCUGAAGUCUUCACCUCUUUGGGCUGGUUUAUUGUGGGAUCCAAACCACAUCGAGAGCUUAAUUCCUAUCACCAAAAAUAAAUUCCUCUGAUUUCACGUUAGCAGAGCGGGGAAUUGAACCCAGACCCUGAGAACGGUAGUUGAGCACGUAACCGACUCGUCCAAUGAGGAACUCCCACCAAGGAUAAGUCUCCCUUAUGUAAAAGACUGGGGAACAAUGACAAAUUUUAAAAAUAAUUUGUAUUUUUUCUAGCAAACAAACCAGAGGUCUACAUAAAUUGCCCACCUCUAGCUACCCUUAAUUCCAUGUCAUGGGCCAAAAGGUCAAGCGAAUGCCUACCUACUGGAUGGAGGAGAUUCCUCCCCUUCUGUCGGUAGCCAACUGCCAAUUUCCACCUUGUUUUAAACAGCCAGCUCAGCUCCAGCUAGCGCUAAAAGUAAAUCCCGUGUGUAAAGAUCUCGUUUGUAUGUUAGGAAAAAUACAAAUUACUUUAAAAAUGUGUCAUAUUUCUUGGAAGUGGCAAUGCACCAUAAUGUAGAGUAAGAGGUUUAAGUAGAGAGCUCCCUCUAAAGAGGAUACUUAGUCGAGAAGAAUCUGUUUUCUUUAAAACACAUCAAGGACAAGUCUCAUCUAAUAUUGCUGUGUUCUGGGUAGUAUAACUGAGGUAAAAUAAGGUUUAUAUUUAUUGGAAGACAUUUUGAUAUAUGUUAACCAUGCAGUUAAGGUUUGCAGCUAAGAGUUUUACUGCAAGAUAAUUCCACUUUGGAAAAAUGAGUGAAAAGCAACGAGCCUCCCCAAUUCGGUUUGAACUUGUGACCUUUGUUUCAGUGUUUGAGCAUUUCCCUUUGAAGCUAAAGGACAUAGGUCAAAAGUACUGCUAAGGGAAGAUGAAAUUUCGGUGUUCACAUUAUUUUGGGGGUAUGAGCUACGUGUAGAUUUCAUAGCUGACUUGUUAGGUGUCAUGGGCAAUUAAAGUAUUCAGAGUUAAAUUAUUGUACAAAUAAAUUGUGUAAAUAUAUAUAGUAGGCGUUUUGAAGCUCUGCAGCAAUUGAUUCUACAAACUGGCCCCCAAAAAAAAAUUGCAGAGAAAAGUUCAAUGUACACCAUUUCAUAUUUUACAAAUCAAUAUCAUUGUAAAUAUUCAAAGCACUGUCAUUUGUUUGUCAUUUUCUAGGAUUAAUAUUUAUGAUUACUAUUUAUUUUCCAUGAAGUCAUGGAGGAUAAAUAAAAAUAGUGCAUUUAU